AUGCCCAGGGAAAUAAUAACAUUACAGCUCGGACAAUGUGGAAACCAAAUUGGCAUGGAGUUUUGGAAACAGCUGUGUGCAGAGCAUGGCAUUAGCCCAGAGGGAAUUCUGGAAGAGUAUGCAACUGAAGGCACUGAUCGUAAAGAUGUGUUCUUCUACCAGGCUGAUGAUGAACAUUACAUCCCAAGAUCGGUAUUGCUUGACCUGGAGCCUCGUGUCAUUAAUUCAAUCAUGAACUCACCCUACUCCAAACUGUACAAUCCUGAAAAUGUCUACCUCUCUAGUCAUGGUGGUGGAGCCGGAAAUAAUUGGGCCAGUGGUUAUGCACAGGCAGAGAGGCUGUAUGAUGAAAUUUUUGAUAUUAUUGACAGAGAAGCUGAUGGCAGUGACAGUUUAGAGGGAUUUGUUGUGUGCCAUUCCAUCGCCGGUGGUACAGGAUCAGGAAUGGGCUCUUACAUCUUGGAAAGGCUCAAUGACAGGUUUCCCAAGAAGCUGACACAAACAUACUCAGUGUUUCCAAACGUGGAUGAGAUUUCUGAUGUUGUUGUUCAGCCUUACAACUCACUGCUGACACUAAAGAGACUGACCCAGAAUGCAGAUUGUGUGGUGGUAUUAGACAACACUGCGUUAAACAGAAUAGCAGCAGACAGGCUUCACAUUGAUACCCCAACUUUCACACAAGUCAACCAGCUUGUAUCUACGGUGAUGGCAACAUCAACCGCCACCCUUCGAUAUCCAGGAUACAUGAACAAUGAUCUGAUCGGACUAAUUGCUUCCUUGAUACCUACUCCGCGUCUCCAUUUUCUGAUGACUGGCUACACACCGCUGACCACAGAUUCACAGGUAGCCAGCAUUCGCAAGACAACAGUGCUGGAUGUCAUGAGGAGAUUGCUGCAGCCGAAAAACAUGAUGGUAUCAACACCCACCCAGAGGCUUGGAAGCAACCAUUGCUAUAUCUCUAUUCUUAACAUCAUUCAAGGGGAGGUGGAUCCCACUCAGGUGCACAAAAGUCUACAGAGAAUCCGAGAGCGUAAACUAGCCCAGUUUAUCCCCUGGGGUCCUGCCAGUAUCCAGGUGGCACUGUCCAGGAAGUCACCAUACAUCCAGACAGCCCAUAGAGUCAGUGGCCUGAUGCUGGCGAACCACACAAACAUCUCACAUCUCUUUGACCGCAUACUGAAACAGUAUGACAAGCUGAGAAAACGGGAAGCUUUCAUGGAUCAGUUCAAGAAAGAAGAUAUUUUCAAAGACAACUUGGAUGAGUUUGAUGACUCUAGAGAAUCCCUGCAGCAGUUGGUUGAUGAGUAUAAUGCUGCCACCAGGCCCGAUUACUUGACCUGGGGGACUCAACAGGCAGGUGUGGUAUGA